UUUAGGUAUUUGUUUGUCAAGCACCGCUGUCCCCAAUACUGAGCUGUAGUAUGUCAAACCUACAGUGAGGGAAAAACAGACUACGGUACUUGGUUUUCUGUAAAAGCUGCCCAAAAAAAGAAAGCAUAUGAGUAAAUGCCACUGUUAAGAAAAGUCUAACCAAUUAUAUCAGACACAAGAAGAUAUUAUGGCGUUAGUGAGUGGGAUCUUGAGAGGUCUGGGCCGUGGGCUCAGGUCACCUGUACAACGAGGACUCUGGACCACCACCAGCAGGCAAUACAGUGAGGGAACUGUAACUGGUAAUGAAAACAAUGGACCAUCGGUCAAGGUGCCGUCCAGUGCCAGAGUGGUCAUCCUUGGUGGGGGUGUUCUCGGGACAUCCAUUGCCUACCAUCUGGCCGAACGGGGCUGGACCGAUGUUGUAUUACUGGAGCAGGGCAGACUGACAUGUGGCACUACUUGGCAUUCAGCUGGAAUGGUGGGCCAGGCUAAAGAUGAGGUGGAGGGGUCACAGCUCGUGGCCUACAGUAGACAACUGUACAAACAGUUAGAUAAAAGUCAUGGAGUGGGAUGGAAAGAAUGUGGCAGUGUUUUUGUGGCACAGACAAAAGAUAGAUUGACAUUUCUGCAGAGAAAAAAUGAUAUUGCAUUAGCCACAGGUAUUGAGUCCCAUAUGAUCUCACCAGAAGAGGCAGGAAAGCUGUGUCCUUGGGUCAGAACCGAUGAUUUGAAGGGGGCGCUUUGGGUGCCAGGAGAUGGAGCUCUCACCCCGCCAGAUCUUGUGUCAGCUUACACCUCCAUCGCUAGGGGGAAAGGAGUAAAGAUCUUGGAGGGAGUGAAAAUAGACCAAAUUCACACCAAGAAUGGGCGUGUAUCUCAUGUGACCACAUCCCACGGUGAUAUCAACUGUGAAUACUUUGUCAACUGUGCUGGCCUGUGGGCAAGAGAGGUGGGGACAUUGUCUGAACCAAAUGUGAAAAUUCCUCUUCAUCCUAACGAACAUUUCUACCUGGUUACGGCACCUAUAAAAGGACUGGACCCUUUGAUGCCUGUUGUCAGAGAUUUUGACGGAGGAAUUUACGCCCGGGAGUGGAGUGGAGGUUUACUGGCUGGAGGGUUUGAACCCAGAGGCAAACCAGUGUUCCAUAAUGGAAUUCCAGAUAAAUUUGAAUUUCAGCUUCUUCCUGAGGACUGGGAUCAUUUCCAGGUACUUUUGGACCCGAUUCUGCAUCGCUUCCCUUGCAUGGAGACGGCUGAAGUGAGGCAUUUGGUGAAUGGCCCAGAAAGUUUUACUCCAGACGGCCACUGGAAUCUAGGUGAAUCACCUGAGGUGAAGAACUACUUCGUAGCAGCAGGUAUGAACUCCAUGGGUGUGGUUGGCUCUGGUGGGAUAGGAAAACAUCUCACAGAAUGGAUUAUUGACGGUGAGCCAAGCAUCAACCUGGCAGAGCAUGACAUCCUCAGAUAUGUUCCUCACCAUAGCAACAAAAAGUUCCUCAAGGAGAGAGUUAAGGAAACCAUUGCACUGUAUGCAAUGAGGUUCCCAUAUGAAUAUUGGGAGACUGGACGUAAACUGAGAACCUCACCCCUACACACCAGACUGGAGGUAGAUGGGGCAUGCUUUGGAGAAACCAACGCAUAUGAACGACCUAUCUACUUUGCAAGACCUGAGGAUGAACCAGCUGAUCAGUAUCACCCAGGGAAAGGUUCAUAUGGCAAACCUCCAUGGUUUGAAAAUGUGAAGGAGGAGUACUUGGCUUGUAAGGAACGGGUCUGUCUCAUAGACAUGUCAUCCUUCUCCAAGUUUGAAGUCAAGUCCAAUGGCCCAGAGGCCUUGAAUUUCCUGGAAUAUUUGAGCUCCAAUGAUAUUGAGGAUAAUGUUGGAGAAAUCAUCCACACGGGCAUGCAGAACAAUCACGGAGGUUAUGAGAAUGAUUGUACCAUCGUACCUCUAAACCACAACCAUUUUUUCAUAAUAUCCCCGGCGUCCCAGCAGACCAGGUCCUUAGCUUGGCUGCAGCGGUUCCAGCCCGACGACGGCUCAGUACAAAUCCGAGAUAUCACAUCAGCGUACGCUGGGAUAAACGUAAUAGGUCCACAUGCCCAACAACUACUGGCUGAUGUCACCGACAUCUCUACCACUCUAAAGGAUUUCAAACCUAUGACAUGCAAGGUGAUAAACGUUGGGUUUGCCAGUGAUAUUCGGGCCAUGAGACUUACACACGGUGGAGAGGAUGGAUUUAUUCUCUAUGUUCCCUCAGAGUAUGCACUCCACGUGUACGACACACUGAUGUCAGCAGGGAAAGACUACGGAAUCCGACACGCUGGGUACUACGCUCUGAAAAUGUUGCGUAUUGAGAAAUUCUAUGCCUACUGGGGAAACGAUCUCACAACCCACACCACACCCCUUGAGUGCGGCCGUGACUUCAGGGUCAAACUUGAUGCGGGAGACUUCAUCGGGAAGGAGGCUUUACUUAAGCAGAAGGAGGAGGGAAUUAGUCAGAGGUUUGUUCAGUUCCUACUGGAGGACUUCAAUGUCGACACGGACGUGUGGCCAUGGGGAGGAGAACCAAUCUACCGUAACGGCAAGUUCUCUGGUACCACAACAUCCAGUGGCUACGGAUUCAAGCUAGAUAAGAUGGUGUGUCUUGGUUUCAUUAGAGAUUAUGACGAACAGGGAAAGAGUGUUUUAUACAAGAACAUGAACCAGUUUGUGUUGGACAGAAAUGCGAAGUAUGAAAUAGCCAUUGGUGGCCGGAUGUUUGAAGCCAAAGUGCGUCUCUACACACCCAAGGAAGCAUACUCAACCCCAGAACCGGCCUUCAUCCCUGUCCCAUCCAUGAAUAAAUAAACAGCGUUUGAUUCCGGUGUAGCUUUGAUUCUCUAAUAGCUGUAAGGUUUUUAUCAAGUGGAACAGUCCAUCUGUAGGAAUAGAUGGUCACCUCAACUAUACCUGAACAUCACUGCAGAAUCAUCGAAAUUUGUUAAUGCACCAGUGACUCUAAAAGAACUUUAUUUUAUUGAAAAACAUAUGUAGAACACUAGAACAGUUUCAGGAGCCGUUUCAAUUCUCAUUAAAGAUAAAGUUUCAAUGUAUAUGUAUUGGUGUCUUUCGUGAUAAAAUGUUUGUGUACAUAUGGGUGUCAUUUUUGAACAAAGAAUUUUUUUUUAGAAAUGCACAAGUAAUUCAUGUAUUUCUUGAAGCUGAAUUUUGUUGAUGCAUUUACAUUUUUAGUAUUGAGAAAAAAACUUUGGGUAUACAUGGAUAUUAAAACUCAAAUGCUAGAUUGAAAUGCAGAAUAGCUACUUGUUGUGAAUUUUAAUUUGUUUUUCACUCACAAUCAACGAUGUUUGCGAAACCAAAUCUUUUUCUUGAAAAUGCUACCAUGCAAAUGCUUAUCACCUGUUAGAAUACAAUUAUGCAAUUACAAAUUUAUUGUUAAAGAAUAUCAGUAUUACAUGAUGAUCAUGUUACUGACCAAUGAAAAUGUCACGUGGGAUUUACUCAGAUACGGGUAACACAAUGAUCAAUUAAAACAUUAGUGCCAUCCUAGGUUAAAUUGAAUAUUAUACAGAGUUCCACUUAACUUGAUGUUUUACUAAAAUACUAGAUAUGCAGUACUUGUCUCAGGAAUAGAGAUGCACAUUGAGUGUGUUAUACUGUAACAUACGUUCUACCUACAGGUGCUUUCUUUUGUUAUUGAGUUGGGACAUACUGUAUAGACCAUUAUUUUCGAGGGGAUGCUAUUCUUCGCUAUUUAUCUAAUAUGUGAAAUAUUGACAUUGGUAAAUACUAUCCGCCAGUCAUUAUUUUGACAAUAAUACAAUUGAUCUUGCAGGUUGUAUUAUAUAUUGUAUCAACACUUCAAAAUGCGAUAUUGCGGAAUUUUAAUACGUAAGGAUUUAAUGCUUUAUAUCAAAUGAAAAUCAAGAAAAUGUUGACCCGAGAAAGUAAUCCGACUACAUGGUAUGAACUUUCCUGUCUGUGGAGUUUUAGCCUGUUGUUGCAUUUGUUAAUGGUAUUUCUUGUAAAUAUAUAGUGUACAUAUACUAUUGAUUUGUUCAAACCUAAUUAGUUACGAAGUAGGAGGAUUUGUUUUAUUUGUCUCGUUGAUUGAUCUAAUUGUAUUGAUAUCUGCCUUGCUGUACAAUACAGUCCUAAAAACAUACAAGUAUUAGUGAAAUCGGUAUAGCCUGUAGAGUACAAUACUGGAAAUAAAAUGCCUAAAGAUUGUAUAAAUGAAGAAGCAAAUAAUGGAAAUGUCAGGGUUUCACAUUCUAAUUUAAUUUACUUAUUGAUCUUGUAUGUCAAUUAAUAUAAGAAUGAAAAAUAUAUUAAAACACUCUGGUCAUU